AUGGUGAGUACCUAGUUUACAAUCAACAACCAAGGUUACUCUGAUGGAUUGGGUGAAUUACAAGUUGAGUUGCCAUAAAAGGAGGUUAUCAUAAAAUAGCAAUCUUUUCUUUACCAUUUAGGAAGUGGUACAAUUGCUGCAGCAGCAGCAGCAACAGUGGGAGCAGGUAAGAUCAUUUAUUUAGUUAGCAUGAAUUUAAAUGAUCAAUUACCAGCUUCAAAUAAUUUUACAGAUGUAUUACUACUUUGUUUUGUCGUUUAUGCCUAACAGUCACAUGACAGUGAUGCUAUUGUCAACCUCCUAUAACAGGGGGCUAGGUAUGUUUUUGGUUGGUUGCUCAAGUGUUUCUGCUGGGCUUUCAUAGUUGCGACAGUGGCAAUGGCACCAGUUGUCUUAGGAGCGAUAGGAUUCACUGCUGGUGGGAUUGCUGCUGGAUCAUAUGCAGCAAGCAUGAUGUCUGCAGCGGCCGCGGUAAAUGGAGGUGGGGUAGCAGCAGGGGGUCUUGUUGCUGCUCUACAGUCAGCAGGUAAAUACGAAGAAUGCUACAAUCCUUCGAUGAAAUAAAUAAAGACAAUGGUGGAGUUUGUGAUAUCAUAACUUACUAAAUCAUAUGACUUGAUAUCAUUUAUCAUUGAUGUUUGGAUUUGCUUUGUUUUUUAUGUGGGACAGUGACAGAUGUGUAUGUGGUGAACCUAGGUGCUGCAGGCCUUUCAGGAGUGGCUACAGCGGCGGUGGGAGGUGUUGGAGCGGCAGUUAGUGGAGCCGGGGGAUGGCUGGCCGCAGGAGCAGGGUUCUCAGGAGCGGCAGCGGCUACUACAGCAACUGCGGCAGGUAUGUGAGUGGCAAUGUAAGGAAGUUCGUAUCUCAUGUGUGGGAUAGUGACGUGUGUGGUCUUCUCUUGGUGCAGCAGGGCUCUCUGCAACAGCUACAGCAGCUGUGGGAGGUGUUGGAGCAGCAGUUGGGGGAACAGUGGGAUGGCUGGCCUCAAGGACUAGGACACCUGAAAAGGAGGAAGGAGAAGAGACAGGAGCAGCUACAGCAGCUGCUGCAGGAGGUUUGUCAGAUUCAUUUAUCAUUGAUAAAUUGGUCAUGUAAGUCAAAUUAAUGUUUGGCCUCUAGAGCCAAGGACUGUAUAGGCUAAGGCUGGUUCAUGUAGGUAAGCUACCACUAUGGGGCAGUAGUCAAAGUGCAAGCAGUAGUUGUCACUUAAUUGCAUACACGAAAAGACAAGGUACUUUGGUAGGUAAGGUAAAGGCUUGAUCAGGUGUGGGUUGCAGGGAGGGGGCGUGGCCAGAAGGUAAUUGGGAUAAGAGCCAUGACCCUUCACAACAGUAAGGAUGUUUGUAUCUCGUAUGUGGGACAGCAAUGUGUGUGUUCUUCCUCUAGGUGCUGCAGGGCUUUCAGGAGAGGCUACAGAGGCUGUGGGAGGUGUUAGCGCAGCAGUUGGUGGAGCGUCUGAAGAGGAGGGAGGAGUCAAGGAGAGAGAGCUUUCAGGAGCGGCUACAGCGGCUGUGGGAGGUGUUAGAGCAGCAGUUGGUGGAGCGUCUGAAGAGGAGGGAGGAGUCAAGGAGAGAGAGCUUUCAGGAGCGGCUACAGCGGCUGUGGGAGGUGUGUGAGCGGCAGCUGAGACAGAGUAAUUUAUCAUUUUAAUUGGUAAUGUAAGGAUAUUUGUAUCUCGUAUGUGGGACAGCGAUGUGUGUGGUCUUCCUCUAGGUGCUGCAAGGCUUUCAGGAGUGGCUACAGCGGCUAUGGGAGGUGUUAGAGCAGCAGUUGGUGGAUCGGCGGGAUGGCUGUUCUCAAGAAUCAGGACGUCUAAAAAGGAGGGAGGAGAGUAG